CGUUUUAAGAAGGGGGGAGGGGAGGGGGUAGCGUCAGGAUGAAGGAGCCGCUGCUCGGGAGCAUGGCCAUGCCGGGCAAGUCCCUGCAGAAGGCUUGCCGGCUGCUCGUGGUCUUCUGCGCCGUGCACCUCCUCGUCACGCUCUUCUACUACUUGUCGGGCCGGGAUUUCGACGUCCUGCAGCUCUUCUCCAAGCACCAGCAGAGCCAGGAGGGCCGCGGCUCCGUGACCGUGACCGAGGUCGCCCGACAGGCGCUGGCAGCCUCGGCGGCGACGGGGCUGGAGAAGCCGGCCGGAGACCGGGCUCCGCAGCCCGAGGAGGCCACGGAGAGCACGGAGACCGGGCCGCCCGGCAAAGUGCGGCCGCUGCCCAGCUGCCCGGACCCCUCGCCGCUGCUGGUUGGCCCAUUACAGGUGGAAUUUCUGCGCCCUGUGAAUCUGGAAACCAUAGAAAAAGAAAAUCCUAAAUUGAGGAAGGGAGGUCGAUUUACCCCAGAGGACUGCACAGCACUUCAAAAAGUGGCCAUUAUUAUCCCCUUCAGGAACCGAGAUGAACAUCUACGUUAUUGGCUUUAUUAUCUCCACCCCUUUCUGCAGCGUCAACAGCUGGAUUACGGGAUAUAUGUGAUAAAUCAGGAUGGUGAAGAAACAUUCAAUCGUGCAAAGCUUCUGAAUGUAGGCUUUCAAGAAGCCUUGAAAGAAUAUGACUAUGACUGCUUUGUAUUUAGUGAUGUAGAUCUGAUACCUAUGGAUGACAGGAAUACCUACAGAUGUUUCGAGCAGCCCCGGCACCUCUCUGUAUCAAUGGAUAAAUUUGGAUUUAGCUUACCUUAUAACCAGUAUUUUGGAGGUGUCUCUGCUUUAAGUAAAGAACAAUUCCUCAAAAUAAAUGGAUUUCCUAAUAACUAUUGGGGUUGGGGAGGUGAAGAUGAUGAUAUUUAUAACAGAUUAAUUUAUAAAGGCAUGUCUAUAUCACGCCCAAAUGCUAUCAUUGGAAAAUGUCGGAUGAUCCGCCAUUCAAGAGACCAAAAAAAUGAGCCCAAUCCACAAAGAUUUGACAGAAUUGCACACACUAGGCAGACCAUGAACUCUGACGGUUUGAACUCACUUAAAUACCAACUUAUGGAAAUUCAGAAAUACCCUCUGUAUACCAAAAUCACAGUGGAUAUUGGGUCACCAAGUUAGCAUCUCAGUGAGCUGAAUAAAAGACAACAAUCAAGGACCCAUAUUGACUUUUGUAAACUUGCUGGAAUUUUUUCCAUUUUUGCCUUUUGUUUUACUACAAUCAGAAUGAACAAGAAUGCCUCGUAUAAUUACUCAAAAACUUUUCCAAAUCACUAGGACGAGUGGGACUUCUUGCCCCCAACUUGACUCAGCACAUGACUUUUCUAGCUGUAAGUUUUAGAGACUGUAUAUAAGCAUUGUUGGUUAUUUAUACCCUUGUUGGAGACUAUCUGAUUAUGGUUCUUAACAGCUUACCCUACAAAAGUUAACGAUUGUGAACAGCUAAAAAUCACUGCGUUCUAGCUUCAGUGAUUGGUGGUUAAUUCCCAAGGAUCAAUCUGCCAAAUUUUCAUGUAAUAUAUAAGAAUUUUGCUUUAAAUUUGUUGUAAUGUUUAAUUUUAUGAAGGACUGGAAAAUGCUGCUAAAAUUGGUUUACAAGUUUACACUUUGGGAAAUCAGUUGCCAGGUCCCAACCAGCUUGUAAGGGCCGUGGCCCUUUAAGAACCAAAGGAGGUAUUAGAAAAAGUCCACACGGCCUGCUGAAAAGCCCUCCCCUUUUGCAGUUCCUACUUAGUCUUUAGUUGGUAUCAUCUGUAGUUCUCCUAUGUCAUCCAACAGGCUGACCUGACUCUAACCUCUGCCUUCCUCAUUACUGACUCUCCCUCAUCCUCAUUCCUUUCCUAUUUUCCUUCCUUUGCUGCUGUGAUCUUAGGUCUCUGGCUUCCAAAUUGUGCCUUGACUGAAUCUGCUUGGCUGGCCUUGUCAGAUUGGUCUCUUCUACCUUCUCCCACUAUAGGUAGAUUCACUGGUACUUGACUUGAACGUUGCUCUUUUCCUUCCUUGUGUCACAAGUAAGCCUAGUUGACUCAACGAUCCCGAAUGGAUCUUCAUUGCCUUCUGCUGGCACUGGCACCAGUGAAACCUAUCUGUCCCAGAGCUCCGCCAUGGUUUGUCGUAGACGUAGACUGGUCACAUUGCUUACUGGUAUGGAGGCUCUCACAGCUUCCUUUCAUGCAUUACAGACCUGGAAAUGGGAGAAUUCUAGCUGUUAGGGGUCUGAUUGGAGGACAAAUUUGCCCUUCAGUCUUUGCCAAAGAGUCUUGUGGUUUUCUGAUUCCAGGUUCAGAUGCCCGCCCAGUCUGCAUUUCCCCCUCAGCCCAUUAGCUUCCUGUACCAAUAUUCUCCUUGAAAGAUUGAACAGGAAGACUGAAGAACUUUCCAGUUUUUCAAAGCUUUACUGUAGCUCUUCACAUACCUCUUAACGCAUGAACUUUUCUGUAGACUAUCUCCAAAUGGGAUUCUCCUCAAUUGCCUCGUUCAUCUACCAUCACUGGAUAGUUGUUUUCUGCCUACAGUUGUACUGUGAUCUUCCUGUCUGUCUCUGAAUCCAUUCAAUUUUUUCAUCAAUGAGGGUGGUCCACAGUUGGACCAACCCAGAGACUUAUCCACAGGAAGAGUUGACUGCCAAUCCAUCCAUCCAGCAGCUACAGGCAGAGCAAGGCCUUUUGUUGUUAAGCUAACAUCUAAAUUGAAAUUGAAAUUAAACUGCUCUAGCUGGCCAGUGACCCAGAAAACCUGGUUGACCCCGCUCAGCAUGCUCAGCUAGAGCUGGCCCACAUCCAUCAUACCUCAUUGAUCAGUGUUUCUGACAAGAGAGACAAUUCAACUCUUACCUAGAUUUUCUUCGACCGACCUACUGUUUAUACCAGAGCCUCCUGUUCUUUCCUACUUUGCUGUCUCCUUCCUUACUAUAUAAAGUCUUCAUUGAGUAGAAUAGAUCUAGAGGUUAAAGGAAGACCGCUUGCUUGUUUUGUGAGGCAGAGUGUCCAUUGUGCUAUGAACAGCCCUCUCCAAGUACAAGAGCAAACCUCACAGGAUCCUUUCUUAAGAACACAUUCUUAAGUAGAAUCCAAUGGAGCCUCUUCUCAGGUCCUAUCCUUUUCCCACUGAAUACCCCCUUUAAAUUCAUUUAAUUCAACUGCCUGACAAAAAGAGGUUCUUAACCCAAGCCUUUGGUUUGCCUACACUCUAAACUAGCAAGGGCAGCUUCUUCAUUUGUCCCAGAUCCAUCUCCUUGGUAAGAGAGGCCAUUCACACAUGGCCUUUAAUAUCUAGGACAAUUUCUCAGGAAACACAAACUCUUCAACUUCAUUUUGGGGUUCAUCAAAUAGUCAAUGUCACCUGGAGGCCAUCAUAUGCUAGGAAUUCGUCUGUCUAGGACACUUACUGGACUCUAUGGUUGUGUUCAUGGGGGAAAUGAUGUCAUAGUCUUUCCUAACCAAGCCUGUAAAUGCCAUUGUGGUAUGAGAUAAAUGCCCUCUCCUCUAGUUCCAUACUUGUUUGUCUAGCUCAGGCAUGCCUGAGUUUUUCAAAACUAAGACAAUGGAAGACGUCCAAACCAAUUGUCUCUAAGGAAGGAAAAGAUGCUGAAAACUACCUUACAGAUGAAUUCGAUUUGACCAUAAAAUGCACGGUCAAACUGUGUGUGGCCUUUGCAGGGUCUCUAGCAUCCCAGCCACUUGAUUAACUUUAUUUUCUUAAAUGUUAUUAGACUUAUAGAGAUCAUUAUCUUAUCUGGAUAACAUUGAAACUUAUUUCCAGGACCCAGUCCAUCAAGCUCACCCUUUCAUCUGGACCUUCUGUUCUUAUUUUUUAAAAAUUUAUUCUAAUUUAUCAACAAUCACUUCCAUAAGCUUUUGAGUUUUAAAUUUUUCUCCCCCUCCCUCCCCAUCGCCCUUCCCAAGACAGCAUGCAAUCUGAUAUAGGCUAUACAUAUACAUUCUUCUAGUCUUAUUUUUUGCAAAAUAUGAGUUUGUUUGUUUUCUUUAAUUUCAAAAAUGUGGUUUUGAUUGCAAAGGACUUUUGCCAUAGAAUCUUGCCUGAAGGUCAUGUUGGCUUCUUCAAAACUAUCCACCUGGUCAAGCGGGACUUCCAGUGGCCAUAAGCCUGCCUCGACAUCAACACAGAAUCCUAGAAUGUGAGAGUUGGAAGGGACCUCGUACAUAGCUAAAUUCAUACAUGAGAGCACUAGUCCUAGAGUCAGGAGGACCUGAGUUCAAAUGUGACCCCAGACACUUAUUAGCUGUGUGACCCUGUGUAACCUCAAUUGCCCCCCCGCAAAAAGGAAUUAAAAAAAAACCAAACUCAUUCAUGGAAGGAAUCCUCACUAUGGUGAACAAGUGGUCACCUAGCCUCACCUUGAAGACCUCCAAGGAGGGGGAGCCUACCACCUCUCAAGGCAUCCUACUUAUUCCACUUUUAGACUACUCUCAUUGUCAGGAAGUUUUUCUUGAUAUCAAGCCUCAAUUUGCCUAGGCAGCUUCUACCCAUUAUGGCUAGUUCCAUCUUCUGGGACCAAGCAAUGUAAUCUAAUCCCCUUUCCACAGGAUAAUCUUUCAUAUGCUUGAAGUAGGUUAUUGUGUCACCCCAAAGUCUUCUCCAGGUUCAACAUGCCCAGUUCUUCCAGCUGCUCUUCCUAUGACAAGAUCCUUCACCAUCCUGGUUGCCUUCUUCUGGACACUCCCUCUGAUUUAUCAGUGUUGUUCUUGAACUAAAACACAAGACUCCAGAUAAGAUCCACUGAGGGCAGAGUACCGUGGAACUAUACUUUCCUGUCCCUGGAAGUUAUGCUCUUCAAUAAGACCCUACAUCUUUUUCAGAAUAGCUGCUGUCUAUGCCCAGGCCUUUCUCACCUUGUAUUUUUGAAAUUGUUAAAAAAAAAAAAUCCAAGUACACUUGGAUUCUUCACAUUUAUUCCUGUUGGAUUUCAUCUUACUCAAUUUGCCAAAGAUUAAACUAGGAAACUCAACAGGGUCCUAUAGCUCUCUUUGCCAUCAAGCCUCCUUUACUUUGUGGGGGAGGUGCAGUUGGGGUUAAAUAACUUGCCCAGGGUCACACAGCUAGUAAGUAUCAAGUGAUCAAAUGUCUGAGGCCAGAUUUGAACUCAGGUCCUCCCAACUCCAGAGCCGGUGCUCUAUCCGCUGCGCCACCUGGCUUCCCCAAGCCUCCUUUACUUUUCCUCCAGUCCUGGGUGUUAUGAUGAAUCCUUUUUUUUUUUUUUUUUAAUUAAUCUUUAGGGCUAUGGUGCCAUCAUUGUAGUGUUGGACACCCUUUCAAAAAUAGCCUGAUUUCUUACCUGCUCCAACCUUUCCCUACUUUCACCAUAGCUCAGUUUUCCUUAGCAGUAUCUUUUGACUAAGUGGUCUCCCUACACAUCUAAUCUGACUGCAGCCCUUAGUUCAUCUCAUCUUUCAACACCCUGUCCACAGCCUUGCAGGCAAAAAAUACACUUCUCCUUUGCUCACUAUAAUCAAGAAGUGGUGAAUAGAUUGUGCCGUUUGGACAUUAUAAUAAUACUUGGACAGUUAUACCUCCUCCUGUCACCGGGACAAGUGGUGGGUAUGUCUUCCCCAGGAUUGACUUUUUUUUUUUAAAAACUACAUAAUCACUAUUGGUGUCCUCAGAACACCUCAUUCCACUCCAAGUAUGACUUUAAUUCAUCUUCCACAGUUUCUCUCUGCCUUUUCCCCAUAAUCUAUAAUUACUUGAGGGAACUAUAUGCUAUUCAGACUAACUCUCAGACCACCUUUUAGUAGACAAAGAUAAGAUAUAAAUAGCAUGUAAAUUAUGGAGGGCCCAUGCAGGUGGAGGACCAGGCCAUAGCUCAGUACCCAUAACCUGUAUUCAGUGUGUCCUUCCCCAAAACACUGAACCAUUCUCCAUAGUCUGGAUCACAAAACAGUUGGGCUUUCUCUUCUAGCUACCACCCUUCUCCUGCCAUUCUUUCACUUACCAUUACUAUCUCAUCUCCACCCCUACUCCUGUGGAUUUUAGGGGAAAGCAAAGUUUGUGAUAUAGACCGUCGUUGAUUCAUAACCAAUAUGGCAGCUAACAUUACAUACUGGGUAGAGAGAAGUGGGAACCAGCUGCAUACUGGGAUACUCUUGACCACUGAAGGCAAAGACAGUCUUAACAGGGCUCCCCUGCCAAGCUCAAGUCUUAGGGGGCUGAGUAUAAGAAAGGCCUAAGAUCCUUUAAGAACCAAAGAAAUAAAAUCUGCCAGACUCAUUAAAAGGUGCUCAAUUCUGCUGAUUCUUGUAUGUCUACAAUUUGCCUCUCACCGGCUCUCUUGGCCCUUCUUGUCCAUCUCCUUUCUUCAGCUCUGACCUCUGCCCUAUUCCUUUUCCUGUUCUCUAUCUUACUUCCUUCUGGCAUUAUUUUAGCCAGUGUUCCUUCUAUCUACAUUGCCUAUUCCCAUUUGUAAGUAUUACCCUGCUUGUGAAUAGAACCCAUUCUCCUCUGCCCCAUUGGCUUUAUUGAACUACUUUGCUGCUCCCUCAACAACUCUGUUGGAUCCCCUGUUCUUGACCUUUGUACUUAUUCUGUUCCUCCCAGUAUUGCUAAGGGCAGUGGGCUUCUUAUUCUCUGCCAUCCUCUGAUUGUAUCAGAAAAGCCUAUGUACCUCCCAUCUGCUCACCUCUAGUUAGACAUAUCUGUACCAGAGCUGUUCCCCCAGGUGAGUUUUUUCUUUGACUGCAUUGUAGGUGAUGUCUUUUGUUUCACAUAUUAUAACAAAUACCAAAAUUUUAUGGGGAAUGAGUGCAAUUUAAAUUCCCUGUUCACUUUGCUUUUCAAGCACUAUUUGUUCUAAAGUUUAACUCAACUACAGCAAUUAUUGUAGUAUUAGAUAGUUUUUUGUCUCCCCCAAAUUUUAAUUCUGAGGGAUUUUAGCCCUCAGAGCAAAUGCUAGUUGCUAGAUUGUUCAGUGCUCAGUCUCUAAAUUGCCUUAUUUCUUUAAGGACUGAUAAAUAUAUUUUAAUAGCAGUUUGUAUUGUUUCAAAUGAACAAAUCGGGUUGUCAUUGUGGGAUAAAGUGAUCUGUUUUGAUUCAGGUUCUACACAGAUGUUUAGUAUUCUCUAGGUUUUGAAGAAGACUCGCUCUUCUGGUAGUGUGACAUAAACUUGAAUUUUCCCAUGUACACUUUAAUUGUAAUGUUUUAAAUGUCAUUGAGGUUAAGAGUUGUUGGGGCAAAAAUAUGCGUAUGCUGUAUUCAGUAUUAAUGCCUUUUCAUUUUACUGAGAGAAAAGAUAACUUAAAAGUCUUUCACAUGAGGCUGUGGAUUGUCUUGUUUGUCACACCCGCAUGUUGGUUUGCCAGGCAUGUUGGAGAGUCGACUGCCUUCCCUUUGGUAGGACAGGUUGCUAGUACCAAAGGGACCACCUGCUAAACCUCUGAGACAGGGACUUCCCUUUCCAGAGUGGGACAUAAAACGGUCCAAAAAUUGCCUCAUGGUUAGACAGCAUUUUUUUUUUUUUUCCUUUGGGAAACCACUUCUUAAUUACGAAGUGAAAGCCUGCCUGGACAGACAUUGUCCUGAGAUAGUGUGGAAGCCAAGCUGAGUGGAGUGCCCUGUUACAUUACAGUCAUGGAUGGUAUUACUGUUUUCAGUAUAUAUUUCCAGACUUUUUUACAGCCCUUAAGGACUCUUAGGGUCUAUCUUGUCUGAGAAUAAGCUCAUGGCACUGGAAUACCAAGUAUCAACCAAGGCAGUGUCUGUGUCAGCCCCUACUAGACCAACCCAUUUUUUCCUUUUGUUUCUCAAACUCUUGUCCCUCCAACUCCUCUCUUCCCUUGUCAUUUUCCUUCCUGUCACAUUUUCCCCGUCUCCUUGCAUUCAGUUUUUCCUUCCUGCCACCUACCUGUUUCCUAAGAUUGCUGGUGGCAUCUUUCAUCCAUGCAGCAUCUCCCUUCUCAUAAACUCUAGCCCAGGCUUAACUCAGGUGCCUACAACUUUCUCCACCCCUCGUCUUUUUCUUUCAUAAUGGUGCAAAUAAUCUAUGAGAUCCAAUAACCCACAAUUGUAGUUGCCUGGUGUGGGGGAAGAACACUGGUUUUGGAAUUCCAACAAUGCUGACUCUCCAAGCGGUGUGACCUAUAAGGCAAGUCAUUGAAGCCUUACUUUUCUCUUUGUAAAACAGAGAUAAAUGAAACCUACCUUACCUACCUCACAGGGUUGUUGUGAGGGUUAUGUGAGAUAAGUGUAUGUUAAUCACUUUGUAAGCCUUAUUAGCACUAUGUUGUUACUUAAACCUGUUCCUUGGGAUUUUAGCACAUCAGAACAGGAGGUGAAAUGAGGAAUUUUUCACCCAGAAAUCCCUGGAUAUUCAGCCUGAGCUAAGACUGGUUAAACUGACUACGUUCAAAUGUGUAGUAGUUACCCAAAGCCCUAACUCUAGUGCUGAGGCCUAGGUGUCAGGAGACCCAAGUUCUAGACCAGCUUUGUUAUUUACUCACCAUGUGACCUUAGAACACUAGCCUUAAAUGGACCAGAAUUUAUUCCUGUGUAAAAUGAGGGAUAUGGUCUUAAAGUCCCAUCUCCCACAUUCCAGCCUUCCAACUUGCCCAUCUGCUGUGUGGUGGCUGAAUAGAGGAGAAUCAUUGGAAAUCUUGAUAUGCCUGAAAAACUGAAGACUGUUUGUUUUCCUUCCUUUGUAAGUGUAGCAACUGACUGGCCCCCAAAUACCAGUGGGUACCCCACUCCCAGUCUCUUAAAUCAUAGCUGUAUGAUUCUACAGCUAUGUAUGUUCUCACUUUCCAAAUUCCCAAUACUUUUUCUAACUUCCUUCCUCCCCCAAAACAUUUAUUAUUUUUAUUUUUUAAAAAAAAAUCUGUUUUCUACUACCGCAACAGCUAUGCAAUACAAAGAAAUUAUUCUAUUAAGUUUUUAAUCCUAACUGCUCUGUUCUCAGAGCCAAAAAUGCUUUCCAUAGGAACAUAGUUUUGGGAGAGAGGGUGAUGCAAAUCUUAAGAAUUCAUGGUCUCUCUUUCCCAGGUCGCAUCAUGACCAGGGUUAUUUUAUAAAGUGCCUUUAAAAAAAGAAAAGGAGCAGAAACCCAGAAUAGCAACUUCUCUGGUGCCUGUUUUUAAUUUAAAUACCAAAUCCUAAAACCUCAUUCACAGACUAUUUCAUAUUCCUUCAUGUCACUGUCAAACAUUUGAGUGUGUAAGAUCAUCCUCUGCACAAGGGAAAACAAAUACCUUUCCAGUACUUACUCAUUUCCUGGCCUUCUAAGGAUUCUUCAGGAGAGUUAGCUGUCGCUGAAUGUUCAUGGGACACAUCUGUUAGACUGUGAAAUUCCCACUGGACACCACCAGUUCAUGAAAUGCAGUCAUUAUUCUCUCUCUCUCUCUCUCUCUGUCUCAGAUCUUUCAGGGUCUAGUUUUCUAUGAGCAUUUUUUUUGUCCAGAAGUGAAUUGUGACUGUGAAAUUAUCAUUUGUGUUUCCAUUAUUUUACCUGUUCCAUUGCUGGUCUUUAGGAAACUAAUGAAAAGUACACACAACAUAAUUUCAGCAUAAAAGAAAGUACAAAUGCCUGGCUUUUCUUGAGCUUACACUCAGAGUUAGGUAUGUUAUGCUGUUAUUUUGAACCGUAAACAUUACAGUAACUUGUUAUGAGGUCAUUUGGUUUGUCUUCAAAUCCUAAUUCUGCUUUGCACUUUUUUUUGUUUAACUUUUGUGUGUGUGCACGUGUAUAUGUGUGUAUAUAUACAAUUUUAAGAGCUGGGAGAAUGGGUAUUCCAGCCUUGAUAUUCAUAACAGAUGAGAACUGUAUUUUUUUUUUGCCUUUAAAUUCGAUAAUGACUUGAAUAAAUGAGCUUAUCUUUAUAAA